GCCGUGUAUGUCACGCCCAUCUGAAGUUCCUCACUUGAAGCUUUGUGAGUCUGCGGAUUGUUGCGUCUGGUAUCUGCACUCAAAAAGAUGCCUGUGGUGAACCACCAGAGUUUGACUCUAUGACGUUAAAGGGUGUCCCUAAAUCUUCGUAUUCACCUGGGGAAAAAGUAUAUUAUUAUUGUAAACCAGGGCACUAUCAGUUACUAUUUCAUUCCACUAGUACCUAUUGUGAGGAAAAUAGCUCAUGGCACCCUAUCCCUGAAGGUUGUUCCAGAAAAGAAUGUACAACUCCACAAGUUUCAAAUGGUGGAAUAUUAGACCCAAAUCAUACCCUUUACAUUGGCUUUCAGUUCGAUAAAGAAUUUCACUUUUUUUGUGAUGAGGGUUAUUACUUAAGAGGAGAAAAAAUUCUUACUUGUAAACGUUCUGGAGACAAAGUGUAUUGGAACUAUGAUUUGCCAAAAUGUGAAAAAAUUUUUUGUCAACCACCUGGAAAAAUAAAAAAUGGAAAGCACACAAAUAGUUGGAGGGAUAUAUUUGAAUAUAAUGAAUUAGUAACUUAUAGUUGUGACCCUUCAAAUGGACCAGAGGAAUAUUCACUUGUUGGAGAUAGCAAGCUUAUUUGUUCUGGGCCCAGCACAUGGAGUACUGACCCUCCUGAGUGUAAAGUGGUCAAAUGUGAAUAUCCAGUACUCGAGAAUGGAAGACUGGUAUCAGGAAUUAAAGAAAAAUUUUAUUACCAAGCUGUGGUUUUAUUUGAAUGCCUGAAAGGUUUCUACCUUCAUGGCAGCAACCCAGUGUUCUGUGGUGAAAACAGUACUUGGGAGCCUGAGAUGCCAACAUGUAUUAAAGGUUUAAAGCCUACUCGUUCAACCAAACCUCCAGUUUCAAGAUAUCCAGGAUAUCCCAAUCCCAGUGAAUUUCCAUUAUAUGAAGACUUUAAAGAAUUAGAUCCGGGAAUCAUUGCUGUAAUUAUUCUUACUAUACUUGUUGGCAUUGCAGUAAUUUGCACCUGCUUGUACAAAUGUCUUCGCAGAAAUAAGAAAGG